AUGACCUCAAUUCUCCGUAAAGUCGAAUGGGUUCGGGUGGCUGGGAAGUGGACGAAAAUGUCCGUAAUGGGAUCGGAUAUUUCAGAUGAAAUGUUGAAGAUUCCAUCUAAAAAUCAAGGCGAGAAUCGGGUGGUGAUUCUCAUGAUUCCAGGAAACCCAGGAAACGAAGGGUUCUACGCUCAUUUCGGACGAGAAGUGCUUCAGAAUUUGAUGAAACGAGACGAGGAAAUCGAGCAGACGAAGAAUCGAUAUUUAUUCUAUACAGUAUCGAGUCUGAAUCACGUUCGAAUGCCAGACCACUUGAAUUCGGACGGCGAACAUCGGAAUCAUGACCGAAUCUCUCUCGAAGAACAAGUCUCCCACAAGCUUUCAUUCGUGAAGGAGCACUUACCACGUGGGAAACAAUUGUAUAUUCUCGGACAUAGUAUAGGAUCGUAUAUGAUGUUACGUAUCCUUCCAGAUGUUAUCAAAGAAGGAUUCCACGUGGAAAAAGCCGUCGGACUGUUCCCAACGAUUGUCCAUAUGGCAACAUCGCCGAAUGGUCAGAAAUUGCAGAGAACUUUAGCGACCCUAAACCAUCACGAUUGGCUGACAAAAUCGAUAUGUUGGUGGGUAGACUAUUUGCCUGCUGCCAUCAAAAAGUUCCUCGUCGGUUUGAAUCUUCGCCAUCCGAAUACUCCUCCGGAAAUAGUGGACGCCGCUGUCGAACUGGUUCACAUGGACGUUUUCAGGAAUAUUGUGCAUAUGUCGAAUGAUGAGUUGGAUAUUGUUUUGGAUUUAGACGAAAGGCUUCUCAAGAAUCAAGAAGUCGUUCACUUUUAUUAUGGACUCAAAGAUGGAUGGUGUCCUGUCGAACAUGGACAUUCGAUGAUAGAGCGACUUGGUGAGGCACAAGUAACUCUUGAUGAGCACGAUUGUGAGCACGCUUUCGUCAUUUCUGAAGGAGACGUUAUGGCGAAGAACAUCGUUAAAUAUUUCGAUUGA